AAUGAUUUAUCUUAUGCCAUAAUGCUAAUUUGUGGUUCAUUAUUACUAUAAUGGCUGUUGCUGAGAAGCAGUUUCCAAUGUGAAGCAGAUAACUUUAGCCAUCCACUUAUCUGCCUGAGAUUCAGAGAGCCUGGUAACAACAUAGGUUUCUCCAAUACAUCAUUGUGCCUGCACUGCUGUUCAUAGCUGCAGAACACAGCUCUUAUUUCUGGCUAGAAGGAGAAAGGAGCUGUUCCUUGAUAAAUCUUCUAUCUGCAUAAAUGUAAGAGGAGCACAAAUGUGAACCACCGAGAAGGAAGCUGGAAUGUCAAUUGAUUUUAUAUCGCGUCCUGUACCCUCUGCCCAGGAAGAAAGCUUGUUUACAACACCCAGUAAACCUCUUUGCUGAUGCAAUGGAAGACAUAAGUCUUCUCUGUUAUUAGGGCCAAUGGAAGGUGUAGUUUUCUCCGGGAAUCGUUGUUUACUGUUGCAUAUUGAGAUGAAUAUAAAGACAGCAUGGUUGGCAACGCUGAUGUUUUGAAGAAACCCACCGCCCAUGAGGAAAUAUUAAAUCAGCACCCCAGUCUCAACUGAAGUCAUGGGAUGUGGCACUUCUAUUACGACGAGGCGGGUGAACAAAUCAGAAAGAGCCAUUAAAGCAGCUGUCCUCAUUCAAAGGUGGUAUCGCUCUUACAUGGCCCGGCUGGAGAUGAGGCGGAGAUAUGCCCUGAGUAUCUUUCAGUCAAUUGAAUAUGCAGAAGAACAAGCACAGCUACAGCUAUCCAAGUUUUUCACAUUCAUGCUGGACCAUUUUACUAAGGCCAAUGAAACUGAUCCAGACGUCAGCUCUAACUUUUUCUCCAGCACCAGUGAUUAUACAAUGAGAGAAUAUGAACAGACCAUCGAGGUCCCUGCCUCCUACUAUGGGCCCCACCUUUGUUUCCCCCUCACUGUUGCUGACACUGAUGUUCUUCUUCAGGCUUUCAAGCACCGACAGCACCUCCACGCCCGAUACGUUCUUCAGCUGCUACAUGAGACCAGGAAGGUCCUUCAGCAGAUGCCAAACAUCACACACCUGUCCACCUCUUAUACCAAGGAAAUAACCAUCUGUGGCGAUCUUCAUGGAAAGCUGGAUGACCUUUUGCUGAUUUUCUACAAAAAUGGACUUCCUUCAGAGGAAAACCCCUACAUUUUUAAUGGGGAUUUUGUGGACAGAGGGAAAAAUUCCAUAGAAAUACUCAUAAUCCUGUUUGCCUUUCUACUCGUCUACCCUAACCACUUGCACUUGAACCGAGGCAACCAUGAGGACCAUAUCAUGAAUCUUAGAUAUGGUUUCACAAAAGAAGUUAUGAAGAAGUACCAGUGCUAUGGAAAAGCAAUUUUACAUCUUCUGGAAGAUGUCUAUAGCUGGCUUCCUCUUGCAACUAUAAUUGACAGCAAAGUUCUUAUUUUACAUGGAGGGAUAUCGGACACUACUGAUUUGAGUUUCCUUAAUUUAUUUCAGAGAAACAAGCUGAAGUCUGUGCUGAGGCCAGUGAAGUCAAAUGCAGGGACAGUCUGUAAGCCACGUGGAGCUAGUCUUGUAGAAACCUGUUCCCACCGGACGGAGGCCACGAAGUCCCUUUCCGGGCAGGACAUCUCUCUCAAAGAGGCGACAAGGUCCACAUCAGCACCUAGCAAGAGAAGGCGAUACAGUAGGGAUGUGUCUGAUGUCAAAGAGCAUCUCGACAACCUCCCUGGCAGAGGCAGUUCUAGUCUCCUUCCGGAGGUGCAGUAUCUUAAGCCUCGCAGUGUUACAACACCGCACACAUCCUCAGAAUUAACAACAAAGGAGUGGAAGCAAGUGAUGGAUAUUCUCUGGAGUGAUCCGAAACAUCAGAAUGGAUGCACACCAAACAAAUUUCGAGGAGGAGGUUGUUACUUUGGACCAGAUGUUACUGCCAGGUUGCUAAGACGUUAUAAUUUGAAAAUGCUCAUCCGGUCUCACGAAUGCAAACAGGAUGGCUAUGAGAUCAGUCAUAAUGGAAAGGUAACCAGAAUUUUUUCUGCUUCAAACUACUAUGCAGAGGGAAGUAAUCGUGGUGCUUACAUCAAACUAAACCCAGAUCUGAUCCCUCGUUUUGUUCAGUAUCAAGUCAGCAAAUCUACACGCAAAGAGACGCUUCAUCAGAGGGUGACUGCAAUUGAGCUGUCUGCUUUGAAGUGCUUGCGAGAGAAACUUUACACACACAAAUCGGAACUGAUUGCUGCUUUUAGACAGUACGAUCCAAAUUAUACAGGAAAGAUUUCUCCUGGUGAGUGGGCUUCAGCAGUGGAGUCUGUCUUAUGUCUCGAUCUCCCCUGGAGAACAUUGCGUUCACGGCUAGUUUACCUGGACCAGGAUGGUAGAGUUGAAUACCUUUCAUCUUUUGACAACUUUGAAAUCCAACUACCCAUCAAAGAGGUCCAGCCAUUUUUGGUGGAAACCCUGUGUAGAUACAAAGCUGAUCUGGAGAUUAUCUUUAAUAUGAUUGACAAAGAUCAUUCAGGUCUUAUCUCUGUUGAUGAGUUCCGUCAGACAUGGAAGCUCUUCAACUUGCAUCUGAGAAUCAAUGUUGAUGAUGAAUCCAUUGACAGCUUAGCCCGUAGCAUUGAUUUCAACAAAGAUGGUAGCAUUGACUUCAAUGAAUUUCUGGAAGCUUUUAAUGUGGUCCAUAAAUUUGAGAAUAGGCACAAUCACUAAAGAAGCUGAAUUCCUGACAGGCCCUGUCCCCCCGCACUGCACAUUUGCUUAAAAUAAAUUGCUGCCUUAAUACUGUUAAGUUCGAUUGAGCAGCAUUCCUAGAAAACAGACUAGAUGGGGAAGGUACUACUUUGUGAUAUGUAAAUGUAGCUGUUUGGCAGAAUGCUGCUAAUGAGAUGUAUAGGCAGAUGGGAAAAAUAUGGUUAAAAACACAUAAACUAUGCUGUCCACAAUAACUGCUGUAGUGCCAUAUUAAUAAUCUCAGGGUUAUUCUAAUAAUGGUUCCUUUAGAUGGCUUUUUCAUAUGCAGUGUUUUCUCUCUUGUGAAGCAUACAGUUGUGUCAGACAAAAAAAAUUAAAUCCAAUCAUGUUUCAGGUUUGAAGAACAGUGUAGGUCUUGCUGGUUAUAGAUCUCUAAUGGGGCAAAACUGAUAUUCCAUGAUCUAGAAAACUAGCAAAAAUUAAGCGGUCCUUUCUGUGUUGUUUCUAGAAAAAGUCCAUUUGCAACCUCAUUCACUUGGAAAAUCACGAGUUUUGCAUUGUAACUUUCCUGCAGUUUUCAUGAUCUCAGCACUGCUGCUCAUGUGACAAAAAAUGGGCAGUGUCCCAGCAUACAGUUCUUCUCCAUGAUUUAAAAUUUGCUGCAAUAUGGCAGUAUAUUGAUUUAAAAGCCAUUGUUUCAUAUUGCAGCGGGUAGCACAGUGUAAAAGGAAUGUUAGAAAUUGGGACAGAAGUGCUAGCAUUAUAAACAAUAAAAUUCACACUUCUGAAUGCAGCCUUAGUUUCAAAAACAACUGAUAAGAGACAUCUAGGUGCACUAGUAUAAAAGAGUUGUUGCUAGCAGACUUGUACUCAGCAUUCCUCUGCCAAAAAAAAUCAGUGCAGGAGUAUAAGACUUAAUCCACCCCUUUAUUUCAAAAUGCCAUCCAGUUGUAUCCAAACAUAAAACAAAAUCACCUGCUUCUUGAUUUCAUGACCUAUCAUGCAAACUAGGCUACAAUAUCUUAAGGUUACACAGAGAACGGUGAAGCACUUCCCAAACUGCAUAGUAGAUUAUUUGAUGUCUUUCACUAAUCUACAGUCUCAAAAGUUCAUUCCUUCCAAAUGCGCUGGAAGGAAUCCAGACUACGGUACAUUCUUACAUCGUAAGCAGUUGUGACUAUUACAUCAUGCGGAACAAUUGGCACCUGGAGUCUUAGCAGCAUGCGCCUAAGAUCAUGAAAAUGAAUGAACCAAAGAAUUGUCUUAACUACCGAACAACACAAAGAAAUGCAUGGGCAAUAAUAAAGCAUUGGGAACAAACAGCUGUAGGAAUGUUAAUUAGAACAGGGAAACGUUCACUUCAUUUUAAAUAUCGAUAUGGAAUGAUGUGAUUAUCUUAUAUUAAUAGCAUUCAUUCUUAGAUUAGGCUCAUGCUUAUUCAUCCUUGUGUCCUUCACAUAAAAGUAACAUUCUCAUUAGAAAUUUGUUAAUAUUUUUUCCAUUGGGGUAAAGCUGUCACUGCAGCCCAGACAUCCACGGAUGCAGCUGAGCCCAAGGGCCUGGCCUGCUUCCUUUUCAAGGUCAGAAGGGGACAAAACUGGUGUGAAGCCAGUGGUGGAGCAUCCAGAUCUGUAGGUCAUUCCCAGAGCUAUACAUAAAAGAUGAUCCAUAUUCACCAAUGAGUUUUCAUGCACAGGUUGCCUGUUACAGUUCGAUUCAGGUGAAUGAUAGUUUGCUGAUAAGGAGGCCACUUCCAGAUGGCGUAUAUAUUGAUCGUUCAUCCUGAUUUGUUUGCACAAAGGGUGCAGGGAGGUCAUAUGACAUCGGCUAUUUACCAAGUAUUCAUUCUGAUUUGGGAAUGUUAUGUAAUGUUGCAUUAAGCGACUGGAAGGCUGGAAGUUCCCACUGUGUUGUGCCUCUAAUUCUUGAAACCAAUACAUCCAACUGUAGUUCAGUUUACCGAAGGGUAUCAAUAACUUUGUAGAGAUUUUGUAAAAGAAGGCACUGUUUUCCUCUUAAAUCUUAAAAAAACCAGAU